AUGAAGAGACAGGCAUUGCAAUCCAUUGAAGAACUCUUCCUUUUCCUGAUGUACCUGUCCGCUGGUUACACUGAGCUGGACUUGGCGAACAGAUUCAACAUCUCCACCUCCACCGUAAGUCGCAUUAUCUGUUCCUGGACCAACUUUCUGUACACCCUCCUGGGCUCAGCGUCCAUCUGGAUGGAGGCUGAGGAUGUGAAAGCUUACCUUCCUGAUGACUUCAAGGAGUUUUCAGACACUCAGAUAAUAGCGGACUGUACAGAGCUAAAAUGCCAAACUCCAUCCUCCCCGGUCAUUCAAAGUGAGAUGUACUCAACCUACAAAUCUCACUGCACAAUGAAAGCCCUUAUUGGGAUAGCCCCCCAUGGCCCUAUCACCUUCAUCUCUUCACUCUACGAGGGCUCAAUAAGUGAUAAAGAGGUCUUUAGGAAGUCAGGGUUAAGUGACCUCCUAACAGAGGAUGUGGCCAUUAUGGUUGAUAAAGGAUUUCUUAUUAACGACUUGGUGAAAUGCAAGGUCUACUGUCCGCCUUUUCUCAAAAGGUCUUCCCAGAUGUCAGCACCCAGUGUUCUUAAAACACAGAAAAUAGCCAGUCUCAGAGUGCAAGUUGAGCGUGUUAUCAGACGGAUCAAAGAGAAUAAGAUUUUUGAGACUGUUGUACCUUUAUCCAUUGUAGGCAGCAUAAAUGAAAUGUUUGCAGUGGCUUGCCUGCUUAGUAACUAUCAGAACAAAGACCUGGUCAAGAGAUGGGCUAAGUAAUGCUGACA